UUUUCAGGUGCUUCCAAGAAUAAAUUCAUCUGUAAUUGCCUAUCAUCUUGUGAUGAAAUAUCCUACUCCACUAUCAUACAAGGGGAGCAACCAAUUACAACGAACUCCCUAGAUUCCGAUAUGGCGAAUGUCAGUGUACUUUCUGUAUAUUUUGAAAAUUCUGGAAUCAUCGAGUUUACUAGGAGUGAGUUUACAUCUUGGGAUACACUACUAGCAUCCAUUGGAGGAAUAUUCGGCUUGUUCUUAGGUGGUUCUAUAAUGAGUAUAAUAGAGUUCUUCUACCAUUUUAUAUCGGGGAUUUUCAACCAUAGAUUCAAAUUUUGCAACCUGAAGCAAAAAAUAGUCCAAGUUCAAAAAUACCGUCCCACCAUUUAUACCACUGAGCUAUACCCGAAAUACUUUGUUGACAAUGACAAGAUGAAUGGCAAUGCUACUUUCUACAAUAGCAAGAAUAUAAAUCAUUUCCCUAAGGCAUUCAAUUAA